AUGGAAGUAGCAAACCAAUCCAUUGUGGCUGAAUUUGUCUUGCUGGGGCUGUCAGAUCAGCCAAUGCUGGAAAAAACGUUCUUUGUGCUCAUCCUGACAAUGUACCUGGUGAUCCUGAUGGGCAAUGGGGUCCUCAUCCUGGUGACCAUCCUUGACUCCCACCUGCACACUCCCAUGUACUUCUUCCUGGGCAACCUCUCCUUCCUGGACAUCUGCUACACAACUUCUUCCAUUCCUCUGGUCCUUGAUGGAUUCCUCACUCCUAGGAAAAUCAUCUCCUUCUCAGGAUGUGCUGUGCAGAUGUUUCUGUCCUUUGCCAUGGGAGCCACAGAGUGUGUGCUGCUGAGCAUGAUGGCGUUUGAUCGCUAUGUGGCCAUCUGCAAUCCCCUUCAUUACCCCAUGGUCAUGAGCAAGGCUGUCUAUGUGCCCAUGGCCAUCAGCUCCUGGGUGGCAGGUGGAGCCAACUCGUUGGUGCAGAUUUCUCUUGCAGUACAAUUGCCCUUCUGUGGGGACAACGUCAUCAACCAUUUCACCUGUGAGAUCCUGGCUGUCCUGAAGUUGGCCUGUGCUGACAUCUCCAUCAAUGUGAUUAGCAUGGGGGUGGCCAAUGUGAUCUUCCUGGGGGCCCCCGUCCUAUUCAUUUUUGUCUCCUAUGUCUUCAUACUCACCACCAUCCUGAGGAUCCCCUCAGCUGAGGGCAGGAAAAAAGCCUUUUCCACCUGUUCUGCACACCUUACUGUGGUGGUCAUUUUUUAUGGAACUAUUCUUUUCAUGUAUGCUAAGCCCAAAUCGAAGGAUCCUUUGGGGGCAGACAAGCAGAACCUUUCAGACAAACUCAUCUCCCUAUUUUAUGGAGUAUUGACCCCUAUGCUCAACCCCAUCAUCUACAGCCUCAGAAACAAGGAUGUGAAGAUUGCUGUGAAGAACCUGGUGAAUCAGAAAUGUUUCACACAGCAAUAG